AUGAAUGGCUCCGAGGAAGGCAGAGUACAGCAACUGGGCUCCCUGGAUUCAGAUGAGGAAAACCUGAUACCCAGCGGCACCAGAUACUCCCUCAAAGGCUUCAGAUUUCAACCACUCUAUGUCCUCAAGAAAACUUCAGGACAACUGUGCCAUCGUCUCAGCCCCUUCGUGCUGCAGCUGUUCUGCCUCACACUCUCAACUAUUCUCCUGCUGGCUAUCCUUGUCAAAGUCUCUAAUGUUGCCUACUCCCAGGAACAAGAACGGACAAAGAAGGAGAAGGUAUACCAGGAGAUGACCCAGCUGAAGCCUCAAAUAAACCUCCUGUGCCGCCCCUGCCCCUGGGACUGGACAGUCUUCCAAGGAAACUGUUACUUCUUCUCCAAGUCCCAACAGAACUGGAAUGACUCUGUCACCGCCUGCAGAAAACUGGACGCCCAACUAGUGGUCAUCAAAAGUGAUGAUGAGCAGAGCUUCCUGCAGCAGACUUCUAAAGAGAAAGGCUAUGCCUGGAUGGGCCUGUCAGACCUGAAGCAUGAAGGCACAUGGCACUGGGUGGAUGGUUCACAUCUGCUGUUCAGUUUCAUGAAAUAUUGGAACAAAGGAGAGCCCAACAAUGAACGGGAGGAAGACUGUGCUGAAUUCAGAGGCGAGGGCUGGAACGAUGCCCCAUGUACAAUUAAGAAAUACUGGAUCUGCAAGAAGUCUGCUAUGUCCUGCGCUGAAAAAUGA